GGCGCAGCUUCCGGGUACCUGGGCCGCCAUGGCGCUGCCCUGGCCGCAGCGCGUAGAGCUUGCGCUGUUUGCCGCCGCGUUCCUGUGCGGGGCUGUGGCGGCUGCGGCGCUGACCCGGACUCAGGGCUCCUUCAGUGGCAGCUGUCCCUUGUAUGGUGUAGCCACCCUGAAUGGCUCCUCCCUGGCCUUAACUCGUCCCUCGGCCCCAUCCCUCUGCUACUUUGUGGCUGGGGCUUCUGGCCUCCUGGCCCUCUACUGCCUCCUGCUUCUGCUCUUCUGGGUCUACAGCAGCUGCAUCGAGGACUCUCACAGAGGUCUUACAGGGCUCCGCAUUGCACUGGCCAUCUCGGCUAUAGCCAUUUUCCUGGUCUUAGUGGCUGCCUGUAUCCUUCGAUUUGGCACCAGUUCUCUCUGCAACUCCAUUGUCUCCUUGAACACUACAAUUAGCUGCUCUGAAGCCCAGAGAAUUUCAUGGACGCCCCCUGGAACUGCUCUGCUGUUUUACUCCAACCUACACAAUGCUGAAACCUCUUCUUGGGUGAAUCUGGUACUGUGGUGUGUCAUCUUGGUGCUCCAGGUUGUGCAGUGGAAGUCCAAAGCCACCCCAUACCGGCUUCUGGAGCGGGGUGACCCUGAAUGGAGUUCUGAGACAGAUGCUCUUGUUGGGCCACGCCAUUCCCAUUCCUGAAGAGUAACUAGAGUGCUUCCUGCAGCCAAAGACUCUGUGCCCAAGUGCCUGCAAUCCUCUUGCUUCCGUACGGCCCUGUUUAUGCCGGGAGCCUGUUUUCCCUCCACGAGGGAAAUGAUGAUAGGCGCCCCUCACCUCUCUUCCUACAGCUCUUUUUGUACCAAAAUACUGUAUUACUUUC